UGAUUUGUUGUUGACAGAAUUGAAAAUCAAAACGCGUCAAAACAAAUGUGACGUGGACAUGCAAUUUUAAAUACAAUUAUCUAGUUUUUUUUAAAAUUUAUUGAACAUAAUGGAGGGAUAUUUGCUUGAGCCAACCUUAUACACAAUAAAAGGUAUUGCAAUCUUGGACAAUGAUGGAAACAGAAUACUGGCCAAAUACUACGACAAAAACACAUUCCCUACUGCCAAAGAGCAGAAGGCGUUCGAGAAAAACCUUUUCAACAAGACACACAGGGCUAACGCUGAAAUUAUCAUGUUAGAUGGUCUCACAUGCGUGUACAGGAGUAACGUAGAUCUGUUUUUCUAUGUUAUGGAAGAUCACACGAAAACGAGGCUUAUAUUGAUGAGUGUAUUGAAUUGUUUAUAUGAUUCAGUCAGCCAAAUACUGAGGAAGAAUGUUGAGAAACGAGCAGUUCUGGAGUCUCUUGACAUUGUCAUGCUUGCUAUGGAUGAAAUAGUUGAUGGAGGGAUUAUACUAGAUGCUGACCCAGGUUCUGUAGUGUCAAGAGUAGCCUUAAGGAAUGAUGACAUUCCAAUAGGUGAACAAACUGUAGCUCAGGUGUUUCAAUCUGCUAAAGAACAGCUGAAAUGGUCCUUACUCAAGUAAAAAUAAAGAGUGUAUAUAUCUUCUGUAAAUUUUUAUUUCAAUUCCUACAUGUUUCAAGAAUUUGUACUUAUAUUUAUAAAUAGAGGUAUUCAAAGUGUGCAAAUGUUUCUUC